CGACUGCAGAGGCCGCGCCGCCUCCCCCGUCCGAGGUCUGCGCGCUCCGCCGCAGGGUGCAGACCCGGGGCGCCCGCCUGGGUUUGGGGAGCAAGACCAGAGGCGGAGCCAGGGCGGAGCCAGCGCGCCCCGUCCCCCCUGAAUCGAAAGCGAAACAGGGGCCGGGGAGGAAGGGCGGAGCCGGCCCCGAGGCACCGCCCCCUGCCCUGCGCGGCUGCUGGACCGACGGGCGCGCCCAGGUAGGGGGGCGGCUGAGCCGCGCAGUGCGGACCCUCACGGGGAACUGCGCCGCCGCCACCAUGUCUCAGGAAGGUGUAGAGCUGGAGAAGAGCGUCCGGCGCCUCCGGGAGAAGUUUCAUGGGAAGGUAUCCUCCAAGAAGGCGGGGGCUCUGAUGAGGAAAUUUGGCAGCGACCACACGGGAGUGGGGCGCUCCAUCGUGUACGGGGUAAAGCAAAAAGAUGGUCAAGAACUAAGUAACGAUCUGGAUGCCCAGGAUCCACCAGAAGAUAUGAAACAGGACCGGGACAUUCAGGCAGUGGCGACCUCCCUCCUGCCACUGACAGAAGCCAACCUACGCAUGUUUCAACGUGCCCAGGAUGACCUUAUCCCUGCUGUGGACCGGCAGUUUGCCUGCUCCUCCUGCGACCAUGUCUGGUGGCGCCGUGUGCCCCAGCGGAAGGAGGUGUCCCGGUGCCGGAAAUGCCGGAAGCGCUACGAGCCAGUGCCAGCUGACAAGAUGUGGGGCCUGGCUGAGUUCCACUGCCCGAAGUGUCGGCACAACUUCCGGGGCUGGGCACAGAUGGGGUCCCCGUCCCCCUGCUACGGGUGCGGCUUCCCCGUGUAUCCAACACGGAUCCUCCCCCCGCGCUGGGACCGGGACCCGGAUCGCCGCAGCACCCACACUCACUCCUGCUCAGCUGCCGACUGCUACAACCGGCGAGAGCCCCACGUGCCUGGGACAUCCUGUGCUCACCCCAAGAGCCGGAAGCAGAACCACCUGCCCAAAGUGCUCCACCCCAGCAACCCUCACAUUAGCAGUGGCUCCACUGUGGCCACCUGCUUGAGCCAGGGCGGCCUCCUGGAAGACCUGGACAACCUCAUCCUGGAGGACCUGAAGGAGGAGGAGGAAGAAGAGGAGGAGGUGGAGGACGAGGAGGGCGGGCCCAGGGAGUGACCCCUGCCGGGUGCAGAUACAAACCAGACACGUGCCCAGGGUCACAGAUCCACAGUGGGAAGUUCUGUGGGACACAUUGGCACUGAGCCACAAAGAAGGUGUGGCCAGAACAACUUGGGCUCCUGCUGACCAAUGUCCCCUGGGGCCUAGGGGACAGAGGAACAGAGAGUCACAGCUUCAGGGGCCGAAUGAGCAUGGCGGCCUUCCUGAGAGAGUAUGCCCCACCACGAAACUCAGCCCAGUAGACACCAUCCUGGUAGCGGCUUCGGUAGUGGCCGCCGUGGUGCCACACACCGUUGAGGUUGGAGUGGGCACAGGCAUGGUACCACCAGCCUCCCCGCUGGUACAAGGCACAGUUACCUGAGGGGAGAGAGAGAGUCCAUGUCCUCUCACCAGAAUAAAAGCCUCUACCCGCACCUCACAGUGCAAGGCUUUUGCCAGGCAUCCCCUGGCCCCUCCCAUUCUUAUUGAAUACAAGCCCUGAUCUUCCAUCUCCUCAGCAAAAAAAUAGGAGCCCUGGCCCCCCAACUUUCUUCAGAGUAAUAGCCUUAAUUCCUUCCCUAUCUCCUUACCAAAGUACAAGUCACACCUUUCCCACCUUUUCUGCAAACUAGGAGUCUACCGUUCGUUCCUUUAUUAAAGAAAAUUAUCUACUUCCUUUCUAGAAUAAGAGUACUAGCUCUCACCCUCUGCCCUUCACGUGGAGUCUUGAUUCUUUUUUUGCCUCAUCAGAGAAGGAAUCUGGACUCCCCAUCUUCCCACCAGGAUAAAAGUCCUGACCUUUGUUCUCUUGACAGAAUAAAAGCUUGCUUAUCCUGA